GCAAAGUGGAGGAGGUGAAAGAAGCAAGUAAGGAGCUGGUGAAAGCUCCCAUUGCUGCUCCAGAGCCUGAGCUUAAAACCGAGCCAGACAUGGAGCAGACCCAAGAUCAGCACUCGAUCAGCAGCGGAGAGACACAGCCUGCUCCAGACGCACACAAGGACGAAGCCGUGAUCCAGAAGGAGCCAGAGGCGCUGGAGGAGGUGAAGGAGGAGGAGGAGGAGGGGGAGGCUGAGCCGAGAGAGGAGGAACCGGCAAAACCGGAGGAAGGAGGCAAAGGGCAGGACAAGGCAAAGGAGGAGGCCAAGAAGGAGAAGCCUGCGAAGGAGAAGAAGACGGAGAAGAACGCGGAGGACGCCCGAGCCUCCAAACUUCACAAGAACAUGCAGUGUAAAGUCACCUUACUGGACGACGCUCCCUUCGAGUGUGAGCUAGACAAACAUGCCAAGGCUCAGGAGCUUUUCGCAAAGGUGUGUGACCACAUUAACCUGCUGGAGAAAGAUUACUUUGGCCUCGCCCACUGGGAAACCCCAACCAGCAAGACCUGGUUGGAGCCCGCCAAAGAGAUCAGGAAGCAGGUUCCCGGCGCCGUGUACGAGUUCACCUUCAGCGUCAGGUUCUACCCUCCUGAUCCAGCGCAGCUCACCGAGGACCUCACCAGGUACUUCCUGUGUCUCCAGGUGAGGAAGGACAUCAUGCGCGGCAUUCUUCCCUGUUCCUUCGUCACCCUGUCCCUGCUGGGCUCCUACACGGCCCAGUCGGAGCUCGGGGAGUACGACCCGGAGCUCCACGGAGCGGACUACGCUAAAGACCUGAGUCUGGCCCCUGGACAGAGCAAAGAGCUGGAGGAGAAGGUGAUGGAGCUCCACCGCACGUACAGGUCAAUGAGUCCGGCCCAAGCAGAUUUGUUGUUUCUGGAAAAUGCCAAGAAACUCGCCAUGUAUGGAGUUGACCUCCACCAAGCCAAGGAUCUGGAUGGUGUUGACAUUACACUGGGGGUUUGCUCCAGUGGUUUGAUGGUCUAUAAGGACAAGCUGAGGAUCAAUCGCUUCCCUUGGCCCAAAGUACUCAAGAUUUCCUACAAGCGCAGCAGCUUCUUCAUCAAAAUCAGGCCGUCGGAGCAGGAACAGUAUGAAAGCACCAUUGGAUUCAGGCUGCCCAACUACAAAGCCUCCAAGAAGCUGUGGAAAGUGUGUGUGGAGCACCACACCUUCUUCAGGGUUUCAACAGUGGAGCCUCCCUCAUCGCGUCGCUUUCUUGUCCUGGGCUCCAAGUUCCGGUACAGUGGCCGUACUCAGGCCCAGACGCGCCAGGCGAGCUCCAUGAUCGACCGCCCGGCCCCUCGCUUCACGCGCUCGGCCAGUAAGAGGCUCUCACGUAACCUGGAUGGAGCUGGAGAGGAGACUCUCCAGUUUGUUCAGCAGCUGUCAUCGUCAACCAGGUCUGAGGUUGAUGAGUGGUCCUUGAUGCUGUCGUCAGACAAGCCUCAGCCUUCCACCGCAUUCCCAGACAGAGGCCAGUCUGAUCAGUCAUUCAUUCAGUCCUCUGGGGACGGUCAGUCUGUUCACACAGUUACAGCGACUCGGCAGACCGACCCUCCGACCGUCACCCAGACAGUCGGUCAGGAGCUGGCAUCCAGUGAGCAACAGCAGAUGAGAGCAGAGGACAAGUGGUUCUCACUGUUUCGUCGCCAGCCUUCUUUACCCUUUGUUUCACCUUUUGGUUUUGUGAAGCAGCCACCAGCUGAGGACAGAGAAGGGCAGGGCAUGCGUGUGCGAACCAGUGAUGUGGUCCUUGAGAUGUGUGAGGGAACAGGGGAUAGUUUGGAAAAGACACUGAGGGACGUGAGGGACUUGGAGGGAAGGCUGGAAGAAGUGGACGAGAUGGCCAAGAGACUGCAGAGAGUAAUAGAAGAAGAGUUGGGGAAGGAGGAGGUAGAGAAGUUAAGAGAAGAGAUGGAGCUAGAAGAGCGACUAGCGAAACGGCUGAAGAGGAGGAUGGAGACAGACGAAGGGGCGGUGGACGAACUGGAAGAUCAAAUAAGGGAGGUGUUUUUAAAAGGCUUGGUGCCUGAAUACGUUGAGGUGACGGAUGAGAGUCUGUUAGAUGAUAGUUUGAGAGUGAAACUACGCCAGGUGGGAAUGGAAAGGCAGUGGGAGAUGGGGGGCGGCUCCGGUUCUGACACUACUACUGUAGUGUCUCACCAACAGGUGGAGCUUAGGACCAAGAAGAGAGUAAUGAGUGUUGACGACAGAGGUCAGCGGGAGGAAUAUGUGUAUGUGGAGGAUGAGCGGGUGCAGCCUGGUGUGAUGUUAGAGGAGCGGGCCGAAAAAGUGGAGGGGAGAAACCCAGAGGAUCAGGACGUCUGGUUCAUGCUCUUUGAUCGCUCUCCAUACAAAGCUGUGGUGAAGCCGCCAGCGGCACGUGUUCAGGUGGAUACAAGUACUAGGAUCACAGCAGCAGAAGAGAAAGUGGACAGUGUAGUACGUGAGAGACAGGAAUGGGAAGUGAGUCGUGUGCCAGAGGUCUCCCCAGCACAGGCCGCCGGGGUGAGAGACGACUGGUUUGAGCUGCUGCAUGUUGUGUCCAGAGUUUCGUCUCCCAGACCACCAGAUGACGUAACGGGCCGAGAAAAGCUGGAUGCCGAGAGGUUUGUCUCUGUGGUGGAAACCGCAGAAGAUGUAAUUAAAGAAGUAGCUUUUGAAGAGAUAAAGGUCAGAGAGGAGGCACCGAGACGUGCUGCUGAGACCCCUCGACUUUCAGUGGAGGACGGAGACGAUGAGUGGUGUCUGUUGCUGGAUGUUGUUUCCAGAGAGGCGACGGAUGUCCCAGCAGUUAUUGUGAAGGCCCCAGACCAAAUGGAGGCCCAACGUUUGGUCUCUGUGGUGGGAUCUGUAGCAGAUGAGGUUAGAGAAGUUGUUUUUGAAGAGACCAAGGUGACAGACGAGGCACAGAGGCGCGUAGCACAAAUCCCACAGCAGCCAGUGACGGACAGAGGCGAUGACUGGUUUGUGUUGCUGCAUAACGAUUCCAGAGACGUGACCUAUGUAUCACCAGUCCCCGUUGUGGAGCCUGUUAAAGUGUCUGCUGAAGAUCGCGUCUCUCUGGUUGUAAGGACGUCUGAGAAGCAGGUUAUUAUUGAGGACACAGAAAUAAAGAAAGAGCUGAGUUUCCAGCAACUAGUAAGACCGUCACAGGCUGCGGAGGCGGGAGAGGAUGACUGGUUUGUGCUGCUGGACGUUCCCACUACAGAACUAUCAUCUGGGCCGGCAGUGACUGAGGCCAAGUAUGUUGAGGUUGAGGUUUAUCCUGGAGAAGGCGUUUCUGCCCCAGUUCAAACGACCAAGAGAAUGGUUGUAGUGGAGCAGGCUGUGGUGCAGAGAGAGGAGAAGAUGCCUCCUGUGCAGACUUUCCCACAAAUGGCAAGAUUCCAGCCAGAAGGAAGAAUAGAUGAGGAUGAUGAUGACUGGUUUCUGCUGCUACAUGUUGUUUCCACAGAUGCGUCUUACGUGUCUCCAGUUCCUCUGCCAGUAAAGACUCAAACUUACCCAGUUGCUGACGCGGUGAGCACAAAGCAGAAGGUUGAUCUCGAGCAGAUCAGACCACAGCCGUCCCAGGCGCGGCCACAGAGAGAUGACGAGUGGCUCUCACAGUUUGACGCUCCUCGUGAAGUUACUCCUGUUGAGAUAAUGAGGAAGACGUCUAAAGCUGAGGUGAAAACCACAGAAACUAGUGCACGGAAGUCAAUGAGUGGUGUGGGAAUCAGGCAGGAUCAGACUCGUUUGUCUGAAACAACACCGAUUGAAACUGGGCCCCUGUCGGAGAGAGAGAGAGGCGAUGAUUGGUUUCUUCUGUUUCAACUCGCCCAAGAAAAGCCUGUUACACCUGCAGUUGUUGGGGACGAACGUGUCCGUGUGUAUCCUGCUGUGAGACCGGCUAACGAGGUUGUAGUCGCGGAGAAGAGAGUUACUAUAGUGGAGGAGAUGCGGCAGGAGGAGAAGGUGGUGCAGCAGAGACCUGCACUGAGGGAGGAGGAAGAUCAUUGGCACAUUCUUCUGGAUGUGGCCCCUAUUGAAUCAGUCUCUGUCCCCGAGCGCGUCCAGCUCCCGGCACAAACCCGAGUUCCGGCUGCCGUGGCCCAAACGAGGACGGCUGCUUCCGAGAUGCGGCCACAGUUUGAGAAACGGGUGCUGGAGGAAAGGCAUCCGGUUGCACAGACACAUGUGGCCGAUGAGUGGUUUGUUCUGCUAGACGCUGGCCUCCAACACCCAGUGGUGAGCACCCACAGAGGCACCCGUCCUGUCAGCGCUCCGGUCUUCUCCCAGGCUGCUCUGGCAGAGGCAGGGAUCCCCUUCGACCAGCCCCAGACCUCCACUCCCAUCAAGUUCAGCCAACAGGCAGAAAGGAAGCUGGAGAUCACCGUGGAAGCCGUGGAGCCAUCAAAAACAGAGUCUGCUGCUGAGCUCAAGCCAGUAGUGUGGAGCGACCAGAAAGACGUAGACUAUUCACUGAUCUCCACCUUCAAUGGGGACGUGCAGCACGAGUCUGAGGUGACGAGCACGGAGGUGGUGCGAUUGAGAAAGAAAAGAGCUAAGAAAAUUGAGGGUGACUCAAUUUAUAUCAGACAUAGCCUUUUAAUGUUGGAGGAGUUUGAAAAGCCCCAAGAAGAUCUGCUCAGGCACCAUGCCAGCAUCAGCGAGCUGAAGAGGAACUUCAUGGAAGCCGUCCCGGAGCCCAGGCCCAGUGAGUGGGACAAGCGCCUGUCCACCCACUCUCCGUUCCGCACCCUGGGUAUCAACGGCCAGCCUCUGCCCAGCGCCGAUGGGAGUGUGUGCAUUAGUCCGGUAUGCAAAGCUUCAGAGACAGAGGUUGCGCUGGAGGAGAGCGGCACCACUCUGGGCCUUUCAGACACAGCCCCACCCACUGUGACGCACCAGAGCGAGCCUGAUGGUACCGACGCCAACAGUGCUGCUGCUGAGGAAGAGAUAUUUGAUGAAGACGAGUCUGUAGUUUUUGAGACCUCCAUGGUACCGAUCGUGGAGGUGGAGUUGGCACAGCUGCCUCCUACCUGUAAACCUUUAGAUGUUAUCCAGGAGGAAGACGGACCACAUCCCGGAGUGUCCGAGUGCUCCGGGCCUAUAGCUGGGUCUUCCACGGCCUCCUAUUUCAGGAGCGAUGGUCAGCAGGUCAUACGGUGCUUCCAGCCCCCUUUGGUGCAGACCCACAUAGUCACCAUCACGGCUGCCUCCAACUCCCUAACAAGUGGCGUCACCACCACAGAGAUCCCUCUUGUGCCGACCAAGACCGUCACAUACGAGUCUUCAAAGGUAAAAGGGGACGGGACAGACGAGGACCAAGAUAGCUCGAGCUUCUCCAGCUCCAAGACCAUUACCUCGGAGACAACCAGUGGCUCCACAGUCACUACCACAACCACUCACAUCUCAAAGAUUGUGAAAUCUGGAUCCUCAGAGACUCGUGUGGAGAAGAGAAUCGUCAUUACGGCAGACUCUGAAACCGACCAAGAUAAGGAGAAACACGGCGGGGCGUCAGCUUUGUAACCCAAUCACCUGCUUCUCUCUUUCCUUUGACUCGCCACCUCCGACAUCUCUUCAUCUGACAUGUCAGCACUCGACACACUGACCAGCCCUAUCUACGCGCGCACAUAUCUUUUAAUAGAGAAUAGCAGAUCUUAAUUACAGCAGAGAAGUUCAUUUUAGGUGGAAGACGAGAGCAACGUCCUAGAGGUUUGACCACGUUUUUAAUCACCCUGGUGUUCAGAGUUUAGUGCAUAUACUAUUGGUUAAAAGCAUUAAUUUACAGUUGAGUGAUGUCAGUUCUGCUUGCUUUGUGUUUUUAUUUGUCUAGUGGUUUAUUCCAUGAUUAAUUUCAUACAAAUGCAAUAUUUCCAUCAUAGUUCAGACCAUUAUCAGCAUUUAUGUCCUUGGUGCUGCUAGGGGAACGUUAAGACUACAUUCAAGGGAACUCUUUGUGUUGUUGUUGUUUACUUCUCCAUGUGAUACAGGAGGAACAGUUUAAAUGAAUGACAUACCUCACAUCAAAUACAACAACAUACUCACUGCUCAGGUACAAAGAAUAAAACCUAAAUCUUCUCUUCCCUAACCAGCCAUAAACAAAGUACCUUAGACAAUGUAAAGUUUGGAUUAAAAAUUGAUCUAUUUUGAAAUAUUUCUCUAUUUUAUAGACGUAAUGUUUUUAUAGUAGUUGUACAAUGUGAGGUUGUUAGGUUAUUCAUACUCAUCUGCUCAAUCACUUGUUGACCAUUGUGCUGUUUUCGGCGUCUGAGGUCGCCCGACACCUUGAAUCAUUCUUAUUUGUUUCCUCUUGUAGCUCACCAAGUUUGUCAGACCUUUCGGAAUUAACAUGACAGUGAAGUGCUUCCCUCUGACCUAUGUUUUGUUGAGUAGCAUAUAGGUCAUAAUUGCUUUUAAUAUAUCUGGUUGAUUGGGGUGUUUUACAAGCUUUGGUCUGUUUAUCUCAGGUUUUGAUUUUGUUUGUAAGACUACAGACCUCCAUAUGAUUGUAUGACGAAUGUCUUUGUCUGUAUAUCAAUCUGGACUUUAAAUGUACAUUUAAGUCAACCGAGUGAGGUCAAUUAAUGUAAAAGUUUGUUUGUCAUAGUCAUCACGUGUACACGGAAAAGGCAGCUGUCCCAGGGUAUGUGGCUUUUCUCUCAUAGGAGCACAAGUUGUCUUUUUUACAUGUUCUACUAUACAGUAAUUUAUUUGUAAAGUAGGAACUGUCUGAUGUGUUUUGAUGUACUGUGAGGUUUCAACACGAUCUGGUUUCCAGGCUCCCGCUAGAGAUGUCACAGAGCUAAAUAUUUCUUUCACUAUCAACCGAGUUUGUAAAGCCUUUAUGCUGUAGUCUCAGUAGAUUGCGCUCACUUGCUGUUUUUCUGUACUUUUCCAUAGAUGAAGAAUAUGAAUCUCUUUUUAGAUAGCAUGUUUGGUAGCAUAUCUUUUUUUACCCAUAAAUAAGCCAAUGCAUUUGUAGCUACACAGAAAACAGCAACCUCUCCUGGAAGUAGAUUUUCACAUUAAGAAAAAUAGUUUUCAGAAAAUAUUGUUGCUUUGUGACCCUGUCUUUUUAUUAAAAAUAAAAUAUGCAUUAUGUUGCA